GGGGGGGAGUUCAGUAUUUAAAUUUCUUAAGUAAACUAUAGAAAUUAGUUUCUGUCAUGCAAAUAUUGAACACCAUGACUGCUGCUACAUUUCAUCCUCCAUUUUUCAAACCAUUCACUGAAAUCAACACACUUCAACCCGGCUGUGGACCUUUCAGCUAAGGUAAGGCCUACUUUCAGUGAGUUAAAUAAGGAACCAUAAAAGUUCUUUAAAGGUAACUGAAUAGCUAAAAAUAUGUGUAAAAAAUCAAAGUUUGGGCAUUACUCCAUAUAUGAAAGCCACUGAACACUUACAAAAAUAAUCAGCCUCUUAAAGAAAGCCCAGUUCUUGUUCCUGAAUUUGCAGGAUUUGCCAUAAUUGCCACUUUGAUGGCGAUGUUUCUGGUUUUGUAUGUUAUUAGCAGGAAGCUGCUGAAAGGACAGGAUGUGUGUCAUGCAGAUAAAGAGAAAGAAGAGCAUUAAUAUCGCUCUGUUUGCAAAGAUAGUAGAGCAUAAACCAUCACUGUUCCUUGACUUUUGCUUGACUAUAAACUUUAAACCUUCCCUCCCCUUUCAUAUUUUUUCUUAAAGGUAUCAUAUUAAGCUUUUGUAUUUCUACAAGCGAAGGAUUCAGACUUCCUCACAAGUUGAAAAGUCCCCUGGGUUUGUUGUUUCUCAGAAUGCUAACAUGGAAAUAAAAAUAGCCCAUUCGUCAACACAACAAGAAAGGGGAAGUGGUGCAUGGUCUUUUUUUCUGAUUCACACUGCAACAUACUGGAAAGUAGCAAGCAGGUCUUGUGUUUGUCUCUCUUAAGAGUUAAUGGGAGCUUGAAUGUCAUCUUUUUCUUUUUCACCCUCUGUGCUAUAGAGCAGGGUGUCCAUGGAUCUUUCACGUAAAUACAUGUGGAUAUGGGUGAUCUGUGGGAUGAUUUUUGUGAGUAUGGUGAUCUGUCUCAUCUUCGUCUUGAUCAACAGGUGCAUUUCAAAAAAAGGUAGGCAGAGGCUGCAUUUAUUUGCAUGAAAAUAUCGUAAUGUGUUCCUUUUUGUCUUGCUGUUUUUUCACACUCCAUCUUUUCCUUCGGUGAAAAUUAAAUACCUGUUUUUCAAGCAGAGCAGUCUGUGAUAAACGAAUGCUUCACAGAGACAGAACCGAAUAAAAUAAGAUGAUCCACUGAGGGAAAUUCUGAUGUUUCAGCAGUCUAAGCAUAGAAAUGAGAACAAUCAAUGACUUAAUCUUGGCAUUUCAAUCUUAAUUAGUGGUACAAAACAAAAAUAAAAGUAAAUAUUUACAAGCUUGCGGUAACAGUAGAGUGAUUAAUAGCAAAAGACGCAAGUAAAGCACAUACAGUAAAGCCUAAACCAAGAGAGAUCGUAUUCAGACGGAGAUAUAAAAACAUAAAUAUUGUAUAGUUCAUUGUGGUUUCAAAUGUAAUUAAUUGUAAACAAAUGGUGAAUCUUAAUACGACAUGGUAGUAUGUAGUUUUAGAGGGAAUUAAAGAAGUGAAAUUACUCUUAUAUAGUGCUUCAGUUUACUUUGGGUACUUUAUUUGUGAAAACACUUCAGAUUAAUGCCAUUAAAACAAUCUCCCAAACAUCAUAGUGUUUUUUUUUUCAACUGAAUAAAACAUACUUAACCAUUGGAAGUGUAACAUAACAUAACAUAAUGUAAUAUAAUAAAAGAUAACUAGUUUUAGGAAAUCCUUUUUCAACUUCUUGGUCAUGAGCUUCACAGUUUGUGGUUUAACUUUAUUGACACUUUUUUCAAGACCAUGGUUACCAAAAAAUAAUUUGAAAAAUAAUUUCAAAUUUAUUGAGUCAUUUUAAGAUUAAAAUUUAGUGUUAUCUUAUAUCCAGUUUUUAACAGUCACACAGGUAAUGAACAGCAUACGAUGAGCUGGUGGUCAUGUCGAGUAGGAUCUCCUCAGGCUGGACUGUACACUGGUGUGGAUUGGACUAUUGGAGCAAAUCUUAAAAAUCUAUUUUGAUUACAAAAAUUUAAAACUCUGAAAAAGAUCUGAAAAGCGGGGCCUUAAACUCUUUGCAAGAGAUUUUCUGGGCAAAAUUUAACAACAGCUGCCUUAAUUUCAUGACUUAUGCAACAAACUUGUUUCAAAGUUCAAAGCGGCAAAAAAAACAGAGAGUGGGAAUGUGUCCAUUGGUACGCCAUGAAUAAACAUAAGACUGCACACUGCAAAGCAAAACACAAAGUCAGUAGGUAAACAGACGUUAAGAAAACUGAACAGACAUGGAGACAGAGAUCCUUUUUGUUAUAGCUGUACUGUAUUUCUACCAGCAAUGGAAGGAAAAACCCUUAUUUAUCCUGUUGUUCCAUCUUUCUGUCUAUCAAAACAAGAUAUAUUAAAAUAUGAUGUGCUGCAAAGAUGUUUAACAUUUCUGAUAUUUUCUGUCUGUGCACUUGACCUGACAGCACAUGGCAUGACCUCAGUAUUCGACAAACGACAGCUUAAAACCGGCAAAACAGGCAAGAGCAGUUUCAAGUAAAACCCACCGCACAGGGUGCGACAUAGACAGAACUUAACAAAGUCAUAGUGAAAGUGGAAGUUGCAGUUUUUAUAGGAGAUGCAUCUGUCGUCCAGUUAGGGCCGACUGGAUGACAUAUUUCUCAGGUUUGGUAUCCAACACCAGUUUUCUCCAGAGUGGGUUCAUCAAAAUUGAAAGAGAGGAACAAUAAAGAAGGCUAAACAAUUUUUAAACCAAGAGUUAGGUGAAAAAAUUCACCCCAAAAACUUAAAUCUGCCAGUUUGAUGUGAAACAAAGCUGCAAAACUGUAAUAAACUGCAGACUAAUGGAAACUGAUAGACUCGGCUGUCCAAUUGAAGAAGAAAUACCAUACGUUUUAAGCUUUUUUUUUUAUUUUUGUACCAGAGAGGUGACUGAAGUUUGUGGAAAUGAAUAGCCAAGAAAAAAAUUCAAUAUAUCAAGUCAUUUUUUAUGUAGUGGAGGUAGAUAAAGUUGCAUUAAAUGGAAAUACUCCAGAGACAAGACUUCCAAGUCAUACCAGAGCAGUGUGUCCAUGCUCUUUGUUCCUCCAUAUCUGAACUGUUGCUCACAUAAAAUUAAAAUGUACACUACAUGAAGUGUGAAAUAAUCAACGGUUUCUUUUUCUGCACCCAUUUUCUUUUAAUUUAACAGGAAACCCAUUAAACUGUAAACUGUCACCACAGAACAGGAAGAGAAACCAAACCAAAACAGACAAUCAUUCUGAGCCAGCGCUUGUUACUCUGAUUCCUUCGCUGCAAAGCAUAAUUAUAAUUGUAUGAUUUUCUAUUAUUAGAUGCCCCCCCUCUGGAUUUGAUUAGCUUAGAUGAAACUUUAAUGAUCCCUGUGGGUAAACUGGGCUGCAGCAGUGAAGACAGAGGCUCAGUGAUGAUUUAGUCUAAGGAUAAACACAGAGCAAACAGAGGGAACAGAGUCAUUAUGUGGAGCAAAAAUAUAUCUAAUGUACAUACAAAAAUGUGAAAACUGUACGUGAAAACACAAAUAUAGGUGGCUAAUUUGCAAAUGUGCCUUUUAUUGGAGGGUUUCUGUCACAAUUAUGUCCUACUUAGAGCCUCUUUAUUAUGUGGUCUUAAAUAAAUCCUGCUGUAUUUAUUUUCAUCCUCAUUUGUUUCAACAUAAUCCGGCAUCACACUGCUCACACUCCUGUUAAUGAACUCAACCACACUGAGUUUUCACUUGAAUUUAAUUCCUUCUUAAUUUUGUUCCCCUACAGGCAAACACAAAAUCACAAGUUCAAGUCUUGACAAAAGAACAGCCUUCAUUGUCAGGUAAUUUUUAAUGACUUUUAUCACUGGAUAUGGUUUAGAUUUGGUCAUUCUUUAUCCACAGAGGUGUGCGUCUUUGAUUUCCUUAGUGUGAAGAGAAGAUGGAAACAAAGCCUGGUCAUGUCAGAAGAGUAUCUCUAAUGUAAUUUCAACUAAGGAAUAAAAUAUUGUCUUAGUUUUCUCAUUUAAAACACUUUGGAUACUUUACUUGAAUUGGCUGAGAGAAGCUUAAAGAUGAAUUUAGCUUUUUAAUGCCUGACACCGCAAAUUAUGACCAGAAAAUUCAAUUUUUUUAUUUCACUUAAAAUUAAAAUGUCCUUAAAAUUUAACAAUUUCUAUUUAUUUAUCUUGUUUGAUACAUUAAAUGUUUUUGGAAACUAAUAAACUACAAGAGGCUGUAUUCAGGUGUUUUUUUAGUAAUUUGUUGAUCAUAUUGAUUUGAUAGAAGUAUAUAAACGUAUGAUACAAAAGGCAUUAAAGGGUUAGGCAUAUCGUUUUUAAAAACACCCGGAAGCCUCAACACUGUUCCAAAAUAACACAUAUUUUGAAAAGCAAAUUAAAAUGUGUCAGGUACACCAGAAUAUUUCAUUUUCACCACAAAAUAGGUGGUUGUACUUUUAAAAUGUUGUUCAUCUAUAUGCUUCAGUUCACAGAGAAGAAACUUUAAAGUUUUAUACAGUACUGGGCUUAAAAGCUUUAUUCUAAGUGUUUAUUCUUGCAGUAAACACACAUUUAUAAUUGAAUGUUAGAGCCUGAUAUGUAACAAUGAUCUAAAAUGUUAUUAAAAAAUAUAUAAUAAUAAUGCAAUAAAGCCCUAAAUGGAAUAAUUGGUUAAUAGUGAGACAAAAGUGUUGAGACAAAUGUAAUGUUGAGACAUAAUGUAACAAAACCCAUUAUGUAACAACUGACCCAAAAUGUAACAUGUUACAUGUGUCACAUGUGUAAAAUGUAACAUGUUACAUUUUGGGUUUUAUUACAUUAUUUUUAUAAUAUUUUGAGUCAUCGUUCUAACAUGGCUUUUUUAAAGUCAGAUUUAAAUAUUGUUCUGCUGUUAAUGUAAGAUAAGGAACAUGCACUACAGAUUAACGUAUUUCAGCCAUGCUAGCAGCUUAGUCCCUUUUCUUGGUAAUUGCCAGGCAACAAGCGGUCACUCCACGGAGUUAACAUUCCUCAAUAAGAAACAACUGGACUUACGGGGCCUUUUAAACAGGAUCGUGUUUCCUAUGUUUAUGACAAGACACCGUGCGAACACCACAGUAUGCUGCACUUGUGGUUAUCACGCUUUAGUGCGAGUGACAUUACAAUCAUAGCUCAACAGUUCUGCACUCUAAUUCGACCCCAGGAUCUGUUACAAACUAGGUUUCUCGUGUUAUUUCAAAUCAUUGUUGUUACACUCUAGCAAAGCCAUAAAUGUCCCUGUGGUCUAAUGUCUAAGGUAUUUUGAGGAGUUAUUUUUUUUCUCACCUAGUGACAAAUCUAGACUAGCCAUUACCCCAUCAGUUUCAUUUCCGCUUACUAGAAUGUUGUCAUAGAUUUAGAUUUAACAGACCCACAAGCUUGUGUGAAUGAUAUAGACCUGUUCUUCAGCCAAAAAUAUAGAUUACAAAUUAUGAAACUGUAUCUUUAAGUGUGUGUAUCUUCACUGAGCCUGACCAUUACACUGACAUUUCUGUUUUUGACCUCACAGCAGCAACAAAUACCAGGAGACCACCCUUAAAGCCAGCAAUCCACCCUUACCUCCUCGGACACAGUUUGGCCCAGAAGGCAAGGCUUUAUAUUGGACUCUGAAUAGAUUACAUAACACAGGUCUACCCAUCAACCCCUUCCCCCCAAACCUCGUAUCUUCCUCUCACGUUCACCACAUUAUCACCAAAACAGAAUCUAUCUGCCGUUUGACACUAAGCCAGAAUCUCAGAGGAGAAAGAGGAUUACAUAUUAAGGCUCACAUGAGUUUGUCAAAAAUAACACGUGACCGACUACUGGUGGUAGAAAAAUUAGGCAACAUGAAGAGCAGUGAAAUGUAAGCCUUCAUGAGUGUCACUGAACCACCACAGAAAACUGGACUCAGAUCCAGUCCAGAACCACAUAUUCUGAUCCAAACUGUGGUUUCUGAACCAGAAAUGAUCCGUGCAUCACAAAUGCAAACUGAGAGAGAAAUGUAGAUGAUAGUUACAGUUUGGCCAAACAAAUGAAGUGCCAGUGCUUUGACUAAUCCGGCCAAAAUGUUCUGAUUUUUUUGGCAAAGUGGUGUUUCCAUGUGACUAAAGCAACUUCAAUUUACUACAGACAGUGAAGAAAAGAACAAGAGAAAACAAGAACGAAACCUGCUUUACUGAAAUAUUGUAGACUGUAGAAUAAAAAUAAUAUAGAUGGCAAAAAAAACAAACACUUAUUUUAAGAUUUAUAUGUAGAUGCUGAUGAAUCUUGACUAUAAAUAUAACAUUUUUGUUUUCAGUGGGUCAAAGCUAUGAAAACCUGGCUGAGGUACCUGACUAUGAACAAAGCAUGCCGGACUACGAGCAGGACAAACCAGACUACGUUCAGGGUAUACCCGAUACGGCAGACUAUGAGGAGGCCACGCCAGAGUACGAGCAGGACAAACCAGACUACGUUCAGGGUAUACCCGAUACGGCAGACUAUGAGGAGGCCACGCCAGAGUAUGAGCAGGACAAGGCAGACUAUAUGCAGGAUAUGCCAGACUAUGAGGACGUCAUUCCAGAGUAUGAGCAAGACAAGCCAGACUACGUGCAGGGUAUACCCGAUAUGCCCGACUAUGAGGAGGCCACGCCAGAAUACGAGCAGGACAAGCCAGACUAUGUGCAGGAUAUGCCAGACUAUGAGGACGCCAUUCCAGAGUAUGAGCAGGACAAGCCAGACUAUGUGCAGAGUAUACCGGAUUACGAGCAGGAUAUGCCAGACUAUGAGGAGAUCAUAGAUGAGCCACCUGAUUAUCUGAAGCUGGAGGAGGAAGAAUUGAUUCUCCCCCCUCCACCAUCAUACCAGGAUCCACAGCCAGAAGGAGACAACGACUCCUCAGAGGACUAUGAUGAUAUUGGAGGUGAAGAUGAAACCCAGGACGAGGAGGACUACGAUGAUGUGGGAUAAAACUCUGAGAAAAAGGGCAAGAGUUUGUUUUUAAAAAAAAACUUUGACUUUUCUAUCUGGAUCCUCCUGCAUAAAGAUCAGAGUGACUACUUGAGCACAGAUUUCUUCUUGUCUGUUUGUGAUUAUUCGUGUUUUUACAAGAGAAUACAGCAGGAAAUGAGACUUGUAGUUUGUGUGCAGAAGCUUAAUUAAGAGAUAAAGUGGACUAACAGCGAUAAGCCGUAAAUAACAGUUUGUGUAAAUCUACACUAUGCAGAAAUAUGAUAUCUUGUGGUUCCAUUAGAUUAAAUUGAUCCUUUACUCACCCCUUUUGUCAAUGAAGCUUCAGUGGCCUUCAAGACAAGACGCUCCUGUCAUACAUGGUAGAUAUGGUCCUCCUUCGUCCACCAAAAAUGUCUGUUACUUUAAUUUAUUUUCCACAUAACAGCAACCGCUCUGUUCAUAAUCGGCCUUUUGCAUUUUUCAUAGCUACUCACUAAAUAACAAAAACAUGCAUGUUAUUAUGUCACAAGGUACAGUAGAAUGAGAUAACAGGAGAAUAACAACAGCCAUAAAACGGAUCAAACUAAACCAACUGGUUGAGCUUGAAUCAAUAUACCUAAAACAGGAAAGGCAAACAGUGUAAAAAGUGUGUGAAGUGUAUAAAAGUGGUGCAUCUAUAUAUCCACUUUCAUUUGUAUCGCCUUUUAUUUGAACGUAACCUGAUGACCAGAGAAAUGUAAACUGAUUUUAAGUCACUGUUUGACAAAUAACUCUGAAAAAAGUCAUCUGGAUUUUAUUAAUCAGUUAAAUUUAUACUCUUAUGACAACUUUUUGCAUAAAGAACUUUCAUUUCAAGAUUCAUUCAUUUAAAAAGUGUUGUAUGGACCUAUUAUUUAAAGCUUUUCUAAGAAACUUUUGUUUUCUUUGGUUUUGGCGCCCCCUGUGGACAAAGCAGUCUUUGCUCAGCUUUUCUUUAAAUACUGCAGUGGUGAUUUUUGACCAAAUAAAUUCUCGGCAUUUCUGACUUUUGAUUGAUUAAAAAUAGUUUAUGUAUGAAGGGUUAAAAAAAGGCUUCUUCUCCAGCAGCUCCUUUGCACCAGUUUUAGGAAUUAAGUAUUACAGUAACAAUAUAAAUUGGGUUUGUGUUAUCUUUAAAAAUGGCAUAAAACAGAAAAUAUAAAGAUACGUUUGAUUUCUUAAGACAAAUAAAUAAUUUAAAACAUUACCUGGCAGAGUGACUUACCUGAAAAUGAGCAUUUUAGCCCUAUUUAAUGAGCCAGAAGGAAGAAUGGGCUGAACUUAGACUUUUUUUAAUUCUUCUGCACAAAUAUUGCUGUAAGAAAAUAUUUGAUUAGUUUGCUACAAUGGUAAAACUGUUCCUGCUCAUGACUUCCUAUAAUCUAGAGAUCCUUUGUAAGUUUAUUGUCUGUUCUCAUCCAGUUGUUGCAAAAAAAAAAGAAAACCUGAAGAAAAAACCCAUCUGUUAUAACCAGCACUCAUAUCAGAUACAGAUGUAAUAUUCAUGAUGGAAUAGACCCAGUUACAGAUACGAUAAUGUUGUCUCUGCACAGCCCUAAUGCACUGUAUAGUAUCUGUGGCUGAUGGUGUAAGUCUUGCAUAAUCUAUAUUUAUACGUUUUUUUCAGUGAAGGAUAAAAAACAUAUUUUGCAUUAUUAAACAUCAGCUGACAGACUGAA